GAGCUAGAGCUCAAGCUCAAGCGCCGUCCAUGGACUGCGCAGUGUCCGCGAUCCGCACACGCUGUAGUGGUAACUGCAGCGGAGGGAGGGGGAGAACAGAAGUGGUGGGCAUGAAGAGGAAGAACAGUUGUGAAACGGUCGUUUCACACAUCCUGCACCUCCGCAGCUUAGAAACGUUGCAUGGAAUUUUACCAAAUGGUGCGCAUCAAUCGGCUGCCCUUUCAGCGAUGCGAAGCGUGUAGAUAGCUCGUCUUUCUUAUGGCUCGUACGCAGUAUCGAUUUAAACACCGUUAGCAUAACAUUGUUCCUCAGUCAACAUGAGGGAUAAUACCCCAGGAGAUGAAUAGCUGCGUGUCGAUGAGUUUGCCAAAACCAGGUCAAUAGGGCUUCAAAUUGUGGUGUUACAAGUGGACUUCCUCAUAGUCUAACCUUGCUUCAGUCGCGAAGAGUUUUCCUAGCAGCUAGUGACUGGUCCACAUGGCUCAAUGCGCUUGAGUUGUGUCAGAUUUUGACCUGAAUGUAAGAAGAGAAGGAUGCACCAGCAUGGCAGCCAUAUCUGCACAUGCGAGGUGCUCGUUAACGUCUUGAUUUAGAAUUCUGGUGUGAAUAUCACACAAGGAUCAGUAGAUCAUUUGUCUCUGAAUUGAGAUUAAGUAGCUGCUCCUGCAAGGAGGUCUGCUGAAUUGAGAAGCAACGUAAAUGCUGCCACGACGCCCCAAGGAUUACGACGAAGGCGACGGAGAGCGACGGAUGAAGAAGGAGGUUAAGGUAUGGCGGGGUGUGGCACAUUACCGCACUUGCAUGAAGCGCAUGGCUCUGCAACGAGAACGAGGUGCUCGAACGAUGAACGAUUUGUAUUUGCUGGAAGAUAUCGUCAACGAUGUCAGGUUCAUCUGUGAUCUUCCCGUGGCUCUCCGCUUGGAUUGGCAGAUUUGCCAAGUUCUUGGAUAUGAGUUACAUGGACCUGGCCAUCGUGUUUGUAAGCAAGGAAGCAAAGCAUUCUCCUUCAUCAUCAUUUUCGCCGGAUCUGUUAAGUGCACGUAUCACCAACUGGGCAUGCAAGAAGAUAAGACUUGGAUCAUUCCUGCCGGUAAAUGGUUCGGCGAUAAAGUGCUUGAAGAUUGGAAUUAUACAUGGGAAUUCAGCGUUGACACGAACGAGAAGACAGAACUGCUCACGCUCACCAGGAGAGACUACGAAAAAGUCCUCAAGAUAAAGAAGACUCCAGAGCUUCAGGAAAGGGUCAGCUUUCUCAAGGGGAUUGAAAGAUUCAAAAAUCUGCCUAGACAAAGCCUUUUGCGGUUGGCUAAUGUGCUCUCCCAUCGCAUCUACAGCAAAAAUCGGAUAAUUACCUUCCAAGGAGAUGACUCCACGGAGAUGUACUUCGUCAGAUCUGGCGAAUGCCGAGUCAUUCUUGAGGUGCCAAAUGAGAAGAUGUGGACACCUCUCCCUCGGGCUUCUUCUUUUCUAAAGCAAUACUGGCCAUCACAAUACCACCGCUGCAAGAUGGACGAGCCUAAGGACAAGCAUAAGGACUUGAGGCACCCCCAACACGAAAAGCCUCGCGAUCCCAAUUCCACGCCGUGUGCGCUACCGAAACAGAGGCCAGGUAAGACUACGGCACCUAGGAGUGAGCCAUGCCACUCUGUUGACAGUGGCAAACUUGUCCCGCACCUCAGCUCCGCCAUUGUGAAGAAUCCGGACGCAAUUUCAUGCUUGAUCCAGCGCGAAAUGUCCUCCAAGCACAAGUCCAUCUCGGCAGCACUGAAGAAACGACAGAGUGAGAUUACACCCAUUGCCCUGGCAUACUCACCCGAGAAAACAUUCGAUCUUCGGCGCCGAGUCACCUCCGGAUCAGCGCCCGACUGGCGAUGGAGCUCACUGGGGUCAACCCCUAAGGACACGAAGCGUAAGCUGACAUUGAUGGACAGGCUCCCAAUUGGCACAAUUGGAGAAAUUCGGACGCACGACCUUCCCAGCGAGGAAAGGCCGUCGCAGUGGGGCUCUCCUCGCGGCUCGGUGGAGGCCAUCUCACGCUCUGGAACCCUCGUUCGCAAGGAGAAGGUCUUUCCGCUCUUUCCGGUUGUCAAGGACGAUCAACCGAACUGGCCGUUCAUGGGGACGGCCCCCAAUUCGUCUACCAAGUCAUCACGAUUUUCUUUAAUGCAGAUCCACUUCUCGGACAAGUACGGCGAGAAGCAGGCUAAGAAAAGCAAAUAUUCUUUGCGGUUGUUUCUUAUGGAUUGUCAUCGCAAGGAGAAGGAGCAUCGCAUGGCAGAGUUCAGUGAGAAGGACCACCGUUUGUGGCAGAUGGGCAUACGAGGUGAACAGAUCAUGCCAGGCAUUGUCGGCGAGGAAAAUGAAUACUAUCGGGAUAAAUUCGAGCAAUGGGCGAGGCACAUCAUUGACCGGGAGAAGACACUGCUGUCGCAUACGAAGGUGGCAGAUACGGGUGAUUGGAGCUUCAUGCCUGGAACUCAACAGAAUGCACCCAUGAAGCUGACCAAGGGUCCGGGGAAAGAUGGUCCUGCAGCAUCAACGAUUCUGGACAUAGGAUGCCUUAAAGCAGGAGAUUAUUUUGGGGAGAGAGGACUUUUGACGGCAACAAAGCGAGCAGCGACCAUUGUGACAGUGAGCCAUGUGGACUCGCUUGUGCUCUCCAAGUGGGACUUCCACCGUCACUGCGACCGCCACGUCCUCCGAGUCUUCAAAUCCAAUGAGUACCAGAAGCAGCGGCACCUCUUCAGAAAUUACCAGCGGAAUCGCAAAUGGGAGCGACUCAAGAGGAGAGUGUUCGGUGAUGUGCUGGAGGGGAAGGCCAACAAGCUGAAGGUCAUCGUUGGACCACGCCCCAUCCGGGUGUUGCCUAAAAGAAACCGUACCAAGCAUGAUAUGCCUGUGAAGGAGUGGAUCUUCAAAUCCCAUCCCACUGCUCUACCCAGAUUUCCCCAGCUUUGAUAACAGCUUCGAGUGAAUGUUGCCAUGUUACAUCAUUCCUGUUAUUUCAGUAACCUAAUGGCAAUUUAGUUAAACGUGUUAAUCAGUAAUAAAUAAGUCAUUGAUGACAAAAAGGAUAUGACAGAGAGUUCCCACAAAUGGGUCAUCAUAAUGCCGCAGAAACUGAACCUUUUGAGGUCGACCAGGAUCCUUUCCUGAAAUUUGACCCUUUAACAGGUUGCGCAAGUGAUUCGAAGGACAAACAUGCGUCUCUUCAAACUCAUCCCAGCAGGUUCAAGUCAUUCACACCCCCUGUUAGCCUGAACUCCACAUUCGUGAAAAGAGCAACUACGUCUUUUCCUUGAACUUGUGUAGUCUAACAAAUUCCAGUGCUUGAACGGGUCAUUUGAGCGUAAAAUUUUAGAAGACCAUUCAACGGGAAGCGUUGUGUCAACCAGGGCAAUCGCAUUCAACCGAGUAGGUCCAGCAACCAUUACUAAUAAUGCUCUUCGAAGCUUCACAACGAAUCAAAAUGUGCUUGGUAGCUCAAUGAUCAGUGCAACAAUAUAACGUUCAAUUUCGGAAGAGGUUUAUCGGAUUUGUCAAGGGUCGAUUGUGUAUCAUAGCUCCGCACACUCGAAGCUCGAAACGACGAAGUCGACAAGAUUCAUACAAAAGCAAACCAGGAUAUGGAUCAUGAAUUAGUGUACUCAGCAACCUUCGCUGGAUUUCCUCGUCGUCGGGUUUAUCAAGAAUGGUGAAGAGGGUUAGUAACAGUGAUUGUGCAGUUGGGCUCAUACUGGAAACUGUGGUGAGUGCAUUCGCGAGCUGCGAUGGUAGCAGAACGAGACUAAUGCUACCUCGCCUUAAAUUGGCAGCCACUUUGAGUUGUAAUUCGUGCGAUGUAUGAGGACCAAUUUGUGCUUGAGAUGUU